AUGGCUCAAGACAACGCAAGAGACAUUGUGCAAAGCCGCUACCUGUCGGCUGGCGCAAACAGAUACGCUUGGGCAGCAGACUGGGGCGAUGAUGGGAUUGUCGCCUUUGGCUCAGACACGAAUGUUUGUCUGUGGAAUCCCUCGAAUUCAGCCGGCAUAUCACACAUCCUAAGUGGUCAUACAGCUCAUGUUAGGGCUGUCAGGUUCGUACCGAAGGCAGAUGGGGACCAGUUUAGCUACUUGAUCACCGGCAGUGAUGACAAGUCGCUGAGGGUUUGGGCCAUCAACUCACGAGAUGCCGGCGCUUCCUGCGUUCAGACCGUUCAAGAACACACAGAGCCUAUCAAUUGCAUAGCUGUCCUACGAGUUCCAGGGUUUGGCAAUGGUUUAGGAUCAAGAUCCAUUGUCGCCACGGGGGCUGCAGAUGCUACCGUAAAGAUUUGGACCUUGGACCCGACAACAGGACAACUUGCGCUGUUGCAGACAAUCAGAACUGUCAAGAGAUACAUGCCAUUGGCAGUCGCCUUUUACCCCCUAAACAAGCAAGGAACCGAAGUCAUCUUAGCGGUUGCGGGCACUACCAACGUUGUCCAUAUCUACACUUCCUCAACCGUGGACGGGGAUGCACCUGUUACCGAGUUCACCCUUCAGGCUACAUUGCCCGGCCAUGAGAACUGGAUUCGUUCCCUUGACUUCAUCCGUGAAAAGAAGGAGGCAGGCAGUGACCUACUCCUCGCGUCAGCCAGCCAGGACAAAUACAUCCGUCUCUGGCGGAUUCACCAGGGCAGUCCUCUAUCAGCCCUGAGUUCAACCGGCCUGGAUCUCUCAGUUGACUCCCUGAUGCCAGGCCAGAAGCUCCACAAAGUCACUGCUGGUAGCACCAAAUACUGCAUCAUGUUCGAAGCCCUUCUCCUCGGCCACGAAGACUGGAUCUACACCGCCCGCUGGUCCCGCUCCCCUUCCAGCAACAAGCUCCAACUUCUCUCCGCCUCAGCGGACAACACCCUCGCGAUCUGGGAAGCGGACCCCGACUCCGGCAUCUGGCUCACGAUCGCCCGAAUGGGCGAAGUCAGCCGCGAGAAAGGCGCUACCACAGCCACAGGCAGCAUCGGCGGGUUCUGGACGGGCCUGUGGUCCCCCUCUGGCACAACGGUCAUCACCCUAGGCCGCACCGGCAGCUGGCGGAGAUGGGACUAUGAUCCGAACGAAGACACCUGGAAACAACACUUCGCUGUCUCAGGCCACACUCGCGCGGUAACGGGUAUCUCCUGGUCCCCUGACGGGGUGUACCUCCUCUCAGCCAGCUCCGACCAAACGACCCGUUUGCAUGCCGAAUGGACGCGCGGAGGCGAGGGAAGCGAUAACAGCUGGCAUGAGAUGGCGCGCCCCCAAAUUCACGGCUACGACCUUAACUGCAUCGGCACGCUGAGCAACACCUCCUUCGUCUCCGGCGCAGACGAAAAGCUCAUGCGCGUGUUCACCGAGCCCAAGGCCGUGGCGCAAAUGCUCGCCCGUUUGACAGACGCGUCUCCCGAGGCUGCCAAUGCCGCCCCUGAUGCAGCAAACAUCCCCGUGCUUGGGCUGUCCAAUAAAGCCGUCGAGGUAGUCGACGACUCUGCCGACCCGACUGCUCCUCUUCCAGCACAAGAUACAGUCAUCGACCCGAGCAACCCCCUCACCUCGCGGGAAGACGCCUUCGACCCGGCGACAACCAUCCGCGCGUCGGCGCUCGCAAUCUCCCACCCUCCGUUUGAAGAGUCUCUUUCUCGACACACGCUCUGGCCCGAGAUCGAGAAGCUCUACGGGCACGGGUACGAGCUUUCCUGUCUCGCGACAAGCCAUGAUGGCGGGGUGAUUGCCAGCGCGUGUAAAGCGUCAUCGCUGAACCACGCUGUGAUAAGGCUAUUUGAGACUAAAACCUGGACGGAGGUAAAGCCGCCGUUAGCGGCGCAUAGUUUGACGGUGACGAAAGUAAGGUUUUCAUACCCUGAUGACAGGUUACUGUUGAGUGUCGGGAGAGAUAGGCAGUGGGUUGUGUUUGAGCGUGAAUCGGACGAAGAAGCGAACGGGGCGAAGAAGUACAAGUAUAAGCAGAUCCAAGCCAACGCGAAGGGGCACAGCAGGAUGAUUUUGGACUGUGCCUGGGCGCCGGUUGUCCGUCUUGGCGAGGACGGCAAUGAAACAAGACUGUUUGCCACCGCUGGACGCGACAGGAGCGUCAAGCUUUGGAUCCGACGUGCCGGUGAGGGGGAAUUUGUUCAGGCUGCGGCUAUCCCACAGGAGCACCCAGUCACAGCGCUGGAUUUCGUGCCGGAGUUCACGGAGGAUGGGUUGAUUCUUUUGGCGGUGGGUACUGAGGCGGGUAGGCUGCUUGUGGUGUCUCUGAAGGUAGUUUCCGGCGAGGAGGGCAAGGGCGAUGUUGAGAUUGUGUCGACGCUAAAUGUUCCGGCGAAGUUGUGUCUUCCCAAGGCUGUGAUGCAGCUGGCGUGGCGGCCGAGGAGGGAGCGGCAGAAGGGGCGGGAGCUGGCGAUUGCGGGGGAGGAUGGGUCGUUGAGGAUAUAUAGGUUUGGGUUGUGA